UUGUCAGGGGCAGCGCACCAGCUAAACUAACAUGUAGCUAGCCUGUAAUAGCUAACACGGGAUUUAAGGGACUUCAGUUCAUGAUGACACGUUUAUUUAUCAAAGAAAACGACUCGGAGCUGUCAUGUUUCUUCGUGUUGAAGCAGAAGGGACGACAAUGUCGAUUUUUUUUAUCGAAACAGCUCGUUAGUUAGCUAGCUAAGUUUAGCUAACGCUACGAAACAGAGGUGUGAUAAAGACGUUGUCGGUAUCGUUGCCUCGUAAAUAGAUAUAUAUCCAGUAUACAUAUAUAUAUAUAUAGUACUUAAUAAUGUAAUAUAAGAGUCUCCUGAAUGAUGAUACUACUUUAUAUUAAUAUUCUCUCUUAUUUCAUUGUUUGUACACGCAUUGUAAAAGGGUCAAUAUUGGCAUAACUUUGUUAAUUUAAUCUUAUAUUCAGUUUUUAGGUUUUACUUUAUAACAUCUGCCUCUUGGGACUACAGAUACAGUUUGUAUUAAUGUGCACUGUCCCUUAUCAAAUAAACCAAUAAAUAAAUUAAGAAAAAAAAGACAAUGGAAGAAGAAGCUCAGGAAGAUUUAAUGGAGGAGGAGGAAGAAGAAGAAGAAGAACAUGACGAAGACGACGUGCCAUCAUCGUCCCUCAAAGCUCCGUUUCGCGCCUCCACCAGAAUGCAGAUCCAGAGAAGUAACGUCUGCUCUCGUGCUUACUUCGUGGUGGUCAUGGUGUUCUUCCACGUGUACAUCGUGAACGUCAUCGGCCUGCUACUCUACGUGCACUACAACAACGGGCCCGGGGAUGUGGUCAGCGGCGACGGGGCCAAACCAGAGGUCAGCACUAGCGGAGCCUCAAGAGAGGAGCUCCACAUGGAGGAGGACUACAGUCAGAGCUUCAGUCUGCCACGCAUCGAGGGGAUACGGGUGGGACAUGUCCAGCAGGUGUCCCUCGUGCCAGACCGAACCCACGAGAUGAGGACGCUCAGCCUGAAACCUCUGCUCUUUGAGGUGCCCGGCUUCCUGUCAGAGGAGGAGUGCCGGGUGGUGGUGCAGCUGGCUCAGCUCAAGGGUCUGAUGGAGAGCCGGACCACGGCACCGGGUCGGGGACCAGAGGAGUCCAGCCAGCCUCUGCUCUCCUUCAGCACGGAGGAGGUCUUCAGUCUGCUGGACCUGAACCAGGACGGGCUGCUGCAGAAGCAUGAGAUUGUGAGUCACUCGCGCUCUCGGGAUGGAACCUGGUUGAACCCGGACAACUUACGGCACAUACUCUCUGGUCUGGAAGCCCGUCCAACAGGGUUGCUGACCUUGGAUGACUUCAGGCAUGUCUACGAUCAAUCUCAGCGUCCCGGACAGCAGCGGAGCGGGAAGCCACGGAGUCAUUUCAAACAGAGAAACAAACACACGAGGCUUCACCAAGGACCAGGAUCCCACCAUGUGCUGCAGACCCUCAGGAACAGACUGAUCAGUCUGACUCGUCUGCCCUCCUCAUUGGUCGAGCUGAGUGAGCCGCUGCAGGUGAUUCGCUACAAGCACGGAGACUUCGGCGAUGCCCACCACGACAGCGGCGCCUCUCGUUCAGAGACCACCUGCGCUCACUCUCGUCUGGCGGGGAACUCGUCCGCUCUGACGGAGGUGUCCUGCAGGUAUCUGACCGUGUUGUUCUACCUCAGCUCUGUAGAGGAAGGAGGUGAGACCACCUUUCCUGUGGCCGACAACCGCACCUAUGAGGAGCAGGCGCUGGUCCAGGAUGGAGUGGACUUGACGGACACCCAGCAGACGUGUGUCAGAGGGAACAUGAGAAUAAAACCUGCUGCCGGGACGGCUCUGCUCUGGUACAACCACCUCUCAGAUGGAAGAGGUUGGAUGGGUGAGCUGGAUGAGUACUCUCUUCAUGGUGACUGCCCGGUGAGCCGUGGGAUGAAGUGGACGGCCAACAGCUGGGUGAACGUGGACCCGGACCACCAGCAGCAGGCCCGCUACCAGAGACUAGUUGCUCAAAGGCAUCGAGUGAAGUCGGGCAUGGAGGAGCACUACCAACCGCUCUCACACAGCGACCUCCUCCACCAGGACCUAUAGCCGGACGGAGCCACCGCCAUCUAAAAGAACUUGAGUCCGUUAUGAAGCCGGUGAGGCCUGACAGAAGUUUUUAUGUCUGUAGUCAAAAUGAAAAUUGCACAAAAACAGCAUCCCAGAUAUCUUCAGAUAACGUGUCUCGCUUCAUAUUAUGUCACUCACGCUGCUUUGAUGUCCACAUUUACUUCAUACAAAAGUACAUUUAAUGAAAGUUUAUAUAGAUUCCGAUAUAGAGUUGAGGACAACAGAAUAGUUUCCGGUUCAUAAAUAACAAAUACAUAUGAAUUAAACUUUUUAAAAUGUGCUGCCAACCUCUAUUAAAUAGGUCCUUAAAUAAGAUA